CGAACACAGGGAGGAAUGGGGGCGGUUGUGAGCGGGUUCCUCACAGAGCUGCAGCACUGGAGCCUGAAGGCGCCUUUGUUUCAGGCCUACUUGGAGAUGAACUACAAGGAGGCGGUGAUAGCAGCUGUGAAAUACGGUGAGACCGUGCCGGUGCUGGUGAACGGGAAGCAGGUGAAGAUCAGCGUGGCAGAGAAGCCCAAAGCGUCUCCCAGCCAGGCCAAAACAAGCAUCAGAAAGAAGCCUCGGAUCACCAAGAAAGUGGCCCCAAGCACCAGGAAGCACCCAACCACCUCCACCGCCGCCACCAAGACCUCACGAAUGAUUGCAGGCAAAAAGGAGAAAAGCAAGAAGCCCCUGGGGACCAAAGAGAGUAAACCUGGGAAGACUUCAGACACUGCAGAUCCAUCGGAAGAAAGUGAAUCCAAAGAGCUUCAGAGCUCACCAGAAAGCGGGAUGGCAGCUGGGGAAGGAGGGCUGGCCGAGCCGAGCGGCGCCGCAGGAGGGGACGACGGCGUCACAGAGCCAGCGAAGGCAGGAGAGGCUCAGUGCAAAGCAGCGGGCAAUGCUGCGCCCUUACCGGACAAAGCCGCCCGGGUGCUGCAGGCGGCGCCCGUGGGCUCGGAUGGGCAGAAGGAAGCUUUACGUGAUGGAGAAGCUUCUGAAGUGACGGUGAAGAGCGAAGAAGCAGCGGAGCUGGGCAGCAAGGUCAGUGCCAUGGGGCUUCGUCCUGGGGCUGCUUCAUAGAACCAUGGAA